AUGACAGCCUUUGAUCAGCCUCUUGAAGUCCUUGUUAUCGGCGCGGGUAUUGCUGGUCUCUCGGCAGCUAUUGCCCUCGGAAAGCAGGGGCAUCAUGUGGUUGAGUGGUACCUCGUGCAUCGAGUUGAGCUACACAAUCACCUUAAGCAACGUGCCCUUGAAACUGCAACGCUGCAUACACGGUGUAAAGUCACCGAAGUCAAUCUGGAAGGGGCUUGCCCGUCGGUCACUCUUGCUGAUGGUCGCACUUUCCAAGCUGAUCUACUCAUUGGUGCCGAUGGACUGCAUUCCCAAAUUCGCCAGAGUAUCGCCCCGGGCUCUCCCUCCCCAUACCCCGUGGGCAAGUCAUGCUUUCGCUGGCUACUCCCCACAGAUCAAUUGAGGCAAGACGCAAGCACUGUGGAUUUUGUGCGAGACACCGGCGUGUUUAUUGAGUGGGCAUCUGAUGAUCGGCGGCUCGUGGCUUACCCUUGCUCUGAUAGCAAAAUUCUCAAUCUUUGUGCUUUUGUCCCAUUGCAUGAAGUUCAGGCCGAUGGUCAAAGCGACAGCUGGCAGGCGGCUGGAGACAAGGCUACGAUUGUUAAGGCUUUUUCCAAGUUUUCACCUGGUGUUCAGCAAAUCAUCGCAAGCGCGGAUAGAAACCUCAAAGUAUGGGAUUUGUACGAUAUGGAGGCACUUCCGACCUGGACUCGAGACCAUGCUGCUCUUCUAGGGGACGCCGCACAUCCGUUCCAGCCAUACAUGGGACAGGGAGCAGCUAUGGCAAUUGAAGAUGCCAUCAGCAUUGCCACCUUGCUUCCUUAUGGUAGCACACCGCACGAUAUCCCCAUGCGACUCGAAAUGUACCAGAAAGCUCGUCGGCCGCGGGUCGACCUUGUCCUCCACUAUACUCGGAUCAAUGGAAGGGAUGAAAAGGAUGUAGCUGGCGAUAGAAUAUCAGACCCAAAUUAUUCUCCAGAUUCAUUUCGCGUCAGGCGUAAGCCCGUGUCAAAUCCGAACUUGCGAGCGACGGCGCAUGCCGAUCAAACGGCCUAUGCUGUCAGUACCCCGUCUCUUGUGCCACCCCCAUUAUCACAGCCCCCAUCCUAUACGGACCUUUAUGGACCGCCCCCUAGGCCUGUAAGUCCGGGUUCACUGCCCCGACCAAGGACAGCGGGGCCAACUUCAUCUCCGACUCCUCCGCCGACGCCUGUUCAAAAGGCAUACAGUGAAGCUCGGCAUUUCCUCACUGGUCUAAUCAAUCGUCCGACGGAAUCAAACAAACAUGUCACCAUUUUGCGACACUCCCAUGGGCUUGUGUUCUACCGUGGACCCACUACAUCGGUCGCUAUAUCAAUCUUCUCUGAUGUCCCCUUACCACCGGAACACACCUUGUGGUUGCAGAGCAAAGGUUGGACCGGGAAGACCGGGAUGCAAUUCAAGUCACUCCUUCGUCUCCGAGAUAGCUGGCUAGAUGUGACCCCGGGUAUGCCAUUGAGGGCCGAUCAGGUUAUCCCGGAUGAUGAACGAGCUUGGCAACGCGAUAUCAAGAAAUUUCUUAAGAAGGCUCCGUCUCGUCCGCGUGAUACACAUCAGCUACGUGAGACUGCCGUUGUGCGGAUUCCAGCCGAAGCAGGUGAUGGUUAUUUUCAGCUAGUACUCUGCCAAGGACUCAAGAAGAAGGUGCUUGGCAAUAGCCCCGUGUUCCGUGUACUCUCUACAUCUACUGCCCCUAGCUCUAUUCGUGGCGCGAGCUUGAGCACGCUGCCACUGGAGGUUGGGGCGAUGGUUUUGAGCCUUUAUGCCCACACUGCAGCGCGAACUGUGGCAGGUCCAGCUGCUGUAGCCAUUCAAUCCAAAGCGGCUCCGUUCCAAGCCAAAGCUGCUGCACUUCGUCCAUCGUGGGUGACCAAGACUGUGGCACAAAAGGCUUACGCAACUAGUGGCAUCGAGAACCGCGUGGGCGGUAUCAUAAAUGGCCCUAAAGGUCCUAUUGGGCGAUCCCAGAUAAAUCCAGCAGCGCCAGAAAUCGCUGGAACCAGCCCGGUCUCUAUCGAUGUCGGUCCACAGCCACCGUUUCCUAUGACAUUCAAAGCUCGCUGUCAAACCGAUCAAAUCUCCUACCCCAACAACUCUGAUGAUACACCGAAGUUGAACUUAAUUAGAAUGCCAGACUGGGUGACUGAGCAGUUGAGGGGCUACUUCUUUGGCUGGGCUCGAUUUGAUACUGGGUCGAGCAAAGGCCCCCCGGUUGAUGAAUGGUACCCAGCUAUCUUGUCUGUGCGGGCAUUGGAUCCCCUCCAAGCGGCGAGAGUAAAUCUGGCUCAGAUAUCGAAACGCGUGGUCGCAAUUCGCCUCCUCGAGGAUGUCCCUCUUCAAACAAGCAAGGUCGAGAUUCGUGUUUUGGGAUAUCUCCGCGCUGAAAUCCCACCACCGACUGGGACCACGAGCAAAGAUCUCGCUGACGCGCAAGCGGCAGCUGUAGAGGCGGCUCUGCUCGCUGAUGUAUACGACGCAUCUGUUGUGCAGGAUACUCUGGCUCAUCCCGCGUGGGCCGUAAAAUACCCGGCGGUCUCGGACCCCCAACAGAACUCGAGUUGGAUUGAUCGCACGGUCGAGGGAUAUACCAAUAUCAUCACACGUGGACAGAAGUUGGUAGAACAAGUUCCGCUACACCUGAUUGGAGUUAGGUCUGUCACCGAUGAGAUCAGAGAGAGCCAUAUUGCUGUAAAUGGGUUUUAUAUUGUCCGAUAA